AAGGAACGGAAAGUUGUCCUCUGUCUCUCAUCAGUCUUCAGCUCCAAUGACCAAAGUUUUCAAGCUUUGAUGAAAACCAGGACUCGGCGUGUCAGCUGAGUCAAGGCGAAAACCAUGAGAACGCCUAAAGAGGUCCUGCUGCACACUCUAGAGACCCUGGGAAGUGACGACUUUAAGAAAUUCAAAUGGUUCAUGUCCCAGAACGGGGUUCUUGAAGGCUUCCCGGCAAUCCCAUGGAGUCGACUGGAAAAUGCAGACAGGAUAAACACAGUGGAUCAGAUGGUCCUGAUCUACUGUAUAAACACUGUUAACGUCACAAAAAUGCUUUUGGUGAAAAUAGACAGGAAUGACCUGGUGGAGAGCUUCCCACAAAACAUCUCAGAACCUUCAGGGAUCUUGAACGAGUGUCAGUGUGACUUCAAGUCUCAGUUGAAGAAGAAGUUCCAGAGAGUGUUUGAAGGGAUUGCUAAAACAGGAAACCAAAUCCUCCUGAAUCAGAUCUACACAGAGCUCUACAUCACGGAAGGAAGAACUGCAGAGGUCAAUGAUGAACAUGAGGUCAGACAGAUUGAAACAGCAUCCAGGAAACCACACAGGCCAGAAACAUCCAUCAGACAAGAAGACAUCUUUAAACUCCCACUUGGAAGAGAUGAACCAAUCAGAACAGUGAUGACAAUGGGAGUGGCUGGCAUCGGGAAAACGGUUUUAACACAGAAGUUCACUCUGGACUGGGCUGAAGACAAAGCCAACCAGGACAUCAAGUUUACAUUUCCAUUUACUUUCAGAGAGCUGAAUGUGCUGAAAGAGAAAAAGUUUAGCUUAGUGGAACUUAUUUAUCACUUCUUUAAGGUAAUGAAGGAGGCAGGAAUCUGCAGGUUGGAGAAAUUCCAGGUUGUCUUCAUCUUGGACGGUCUGGAUGAGUGUCGACUUCCUCUAGACUUCCACAACAACGAGACCCUGAUUGAUGUUAUGGAGUCCACCUCAGUGGAUGUGCUGCUGACCAACCUCAUCAGCGGAAAUCUGCUUCCCUCUGCUCGCCUCUGGAUAACCACACGACCUGCAGCAGCCAGUCAGAUCCCUCCAGACUGUGUUGACAUAACGACAGAGGUCAGAGGGUUCACUGACCCACAGAAGGAGGAGUACUUCAGGAAGAGGUUCAGAGAGGAAGAGCAAGCCAAGAGGAUCAUCUCUCACAUCAAGUCAUCUCGAAGCCUCCACAUCAUGUGCCACAUCCCAGUCUUCUGCUGGAUCACUGCUAAAGUCCUGCAGGAUGAGAUGAAAAUCACAGGAGAGCUGCCCAAGACCCUGACUGAGAUGUACAUCCACUUCCUGGUGAUUCAGACCAAAGUGAAAGAGGUCAAAUAUGUUGGAGGACCUGCUAAACAUCCAGACAUCAAGAAGGUGGUUGAGUCUCUGGGAAAACUGGCCUUUGAGCAGCUGCAGAAAGGAAACCUGAUCUUCUAUGAAUCAGACCUGAGAGAGUGUGACAUUGAUAUUAAAGAUGCCUCAUGGUUCUCUGGAGUUUUCACAGAGAUCUUCAGAGAGGAGAGAGAAAUGUACGACAACACAGUUUACUCCUUUGUCCAUCUGAGUGUUCAGGAGUUUCUGGCUGCAGUCUACAUGACCCACUGUCACACCAACAGAAACAUUGGUGUGAUGCAGGACUUUCUGGGGGAUGUGAAAUGGGAACAUGAUAUUUCAUCGCUGGAUGCGUUUCUGAAGAAGGUCUUGAAAAAAUCGCUGGACAGUAAAAGUGGUCACCUGGAUCUGUUAGUUCGCUUCCUUCAUGGCCUCUCUGUGAAGUCCAACCGGGAUCGCCUAGUAGACUUGCUGGGUCGGUCAGAGAUCAGUCCAGAAACCAUCCAGAGAGUCAUUGGCAACCUGAAGGAUAUAGAUGCUUGGUAUUAUCCUGACAGAAUCAUGAACAUCUUCCAAUGUCUGAUGGAGAUGAACGACUCCUCAGCACAUCAGGAGAUUAAAAAGUUCCUGCAUUCAAAGGACAGAUCAGUUGACAAACUGUCUGCGACUGAAUGUUCAGCUCUGGCCUACAUGCUGCAGAUGUCGGAGGAGGUUCUGGAUGAGUUGGACCUGCAAAAGUCCCAACUGCCUAUGUCUGAAAUAGGCAGGCUGUUACCAGCUGUAAGAAACUGCAGACGGUUUCGACAUAAUUGUUGUGACAUACCAGAGAAUCACUGUGGUGUCAUAGCCUCAGCUCUGAAGUCCGAACCUUCCCAUCUGAUAGAACUGUUCCUGGGCGGUGUCAUGGAGGAUUCAGGACUAAAACUGCUGUGUUCUGGACUGGAGCAUCCAAAUUGUCGACUGGAGACCCUGACACUCUUUGACUGUGGACUCGUGGAAACUCACUGUGAAGUUGUGGCCUCAGCUCUGAAGUUCAACCUAUCCUGUCUGAAAGAACUGGACCUGAGCUAUAACACCCUGAAAGAUUCAGGAGUGAAGAUUCUGUGUGAUGGACUGCAGAAUCCAAACUGUACACUGGAGACUCUCAGCUUGGCAAAUUGCGACUUGUCAGGCAUCAGCUGUUCAUCUCUGGUCUCUGCUCUGAAGUACAACCCCUCCCAUCUGAGACAUCUAAACCUGAACAGCAAUGACCUGUACGAUUCAGGAGUGAAGCAGCUGUGUGGAUCUCUGGAGAUUCCACAUUGUAGACUUGAGACUCUGAGAAUGGAACGCUGCCGGUUGACAGAAAUCAGCUGUGGUGCUCUGGCCUCGGCUCUGAGAUCCGGCCGGUCCUGUCUGAGAGAACUGGACCUGACUUACAACCAACUGAAGGACUCGGAUGUGAAUCAGCUGUCUGAGCUCAAAGAGAGUCAACACUUCAAACUGGAGAUCCUGAGAUGGAAGUCUCAGUGAUAAACAGGGAUAUAAAAAACUGCCGUCAUUGCCAGUGUCGGAAAAUAAAAACAGGUUAAAAUGGACAAGUAAUACUUGUCGUGAAACGUGACAAUGAAACUUUCCUGGUGAAGCCGAAACCCGGAACCACAGAGGAAGAAACAGAACAAAUUCUUCCAGCAUGAACUAGAACCAGCUGGGUAAAGGUCCUGAAAUUAUUGCCUAAUAUUCCAGAUUCAUGGUACCAACACCCACUUACAGGAGAAUUGUACAAAAGGGGAGAGAAAAAGACAAAGAACUUUGUAGGGCAGUCCCAAGAAAAAAACAGGAAGGAGGGGGGUUUAACUUAAAAUCAAAAUAUGUGGUUUUAGUAAAUCCUGUCAGGUAUAUGAUCAAUUUAACCGAUUUUAUGUCAUUAUAACCCAGAGUUAGUUAUCCAGGUUACACUGAUGCAAA